AUGGAGCUUCAUCCUGUUCUGGAGCUGGGCUGUGCUCCAUCGCCUAACUGGUGGUAUGUUUUGUCACUUUCUGGAGAAGGCCCUUCGAUGAGGGUUGGUCAUUCUGCUACAUUUGUUUCUGCCCUUCACACUGAUGAGCAUGACAAGGUUUUCAUCAUUGGAGGGGCAAAUCCAGAACAGGUGUUUAGUGAGGUGUACAUUCUAGAUCUUCAUCUAAGAUCAUGGGACACCCUGGAAGCUUCAGGGUUUAGGGGCAGAUAUGAACAUGCUGCCUUUCAAGUAGAGAAUCAUCCAGGGAUGAUAUUUGUUUUUGGUGGUGCUACCCAGACUGGGAGUUUAAAUGAUGUUCAGAGUCUGGAUGUUUCAGCGGGGAUGUGGUCAAAUGUUGAGGUGUCAGGGACACCCCCUGCACCUCGUACACACCACAGCUCCUCGGUCAUUGGUCCGAAAGUUUACUUCUACAGUGGUGGUCAUCAGGGUGCAGAUCCUGUUGGGGAUAGGCGACUCCAUUGUUUGGAUACCUCCACAAUGACCUGGUUCAACAUGGCUCCUCUAGGAGAGCCUCCCAAGCCGCGCCAUGGGCAUCUAAUGGUUUCCUGCAAUAGCCGCAUCUUCCUUCAUGGCGGCAUGUCUGGCUCGACAUUCUACGAUGAUCUCCACAUCUUUGACGCUAACCGAAACUCUUGGUCACUUGUUAAAAGGAAAAAGACAUUUCCUUCACCCAGGGCUGCUCAUGGAGGUGUUGUCCACAACAAGGAGAUCUAUCUGUUUGGUGGGAUGAACAAAAAUGGGGCACUGGCAGAUGGAUACAAAUUGAACACAGAAAAUAAUUCCUGGUCAAAGAUAGAAUUUGAGAAACCUACCCCACCAAACCGACUAGACUUUGCCAUGUGCACAAUCAAACUCAAGGUGCCUGUCCAUAGUUCAACAUCUCAGCAGGACUUGCAGACAGAUCUGACCAGUGCUUGUUCCAAAACCCUUCAGGUUCUUGAGCGAGAGCUGAAGCCUGGCAGUGCCAGUUCUCGAGAUUCUCUCUCUGACAGUGAUAUUAAAGAUGAAGUCCCUUGCAGUCAUGAAGUGAGUGCAAUUAUAGAGGGGCAGCAACUCAGCACUGAUGACACCUGCUCAGGAGAGACAAGUGAGAAGGAUAAUAAGGGAACAGAAACAGAAGUCAGUCUCAUUCUCAUUAAUGGAGGGAUGGAUACCCAAGGAGAAAUAUUUGAUGAUACACUAGUGUUGUUGCUACCAGCAGGAACUCAUUAG